GCUUCCUUUGAGUGAGGACGUGUCUGUUCUCUGUGGCCGUCAUCACCAACUGCACCGUCUCGUUCUCUGGAGACUCGUGCGUUAAUAUAUCAACUCAGGAUGAAAGAAGCAAAAAGUCUCUCUGUAAUGUCGACUCCAUAAUAUUAAAAACUUUUUAUACCAAGAGUUAUUUCCUGUGCAUUUAUAGAGUACCCAACUGUUGUUAAGCGAACGUAAACAGAGAUGACAGGUUCAUGAGAGCUGUGUUUUGUCUUCUUCGGGUUCCUUUGUGUUGAGGACAGACGGACACGCUGACAGACAAGGGAGGUGAUUCAUAGUGCAGCCUCCACCACCACAACACCCAACAGGAACAUCUUCAGGAUAAAAGCCUCGACUCCUCCCUCAGCCUAACACAGGUGAGACCACGCCGUCCCCCACACACCAGGAGGCCGAGCAGCCGGCCACCAAGGCCAAGGCUGGGGUGAUGUUCCCCCCACCCGGAGGUUUAUGCCAGGCCCAGUUGAGGGAGGAAUGUCCCCACCUGGCCUCUACCUCCCCGGCCUCUACUACACUCUCAGAGGUCGUCCUCAACAGCAGCGUCCCUCCGUCUCCCCGGCUGACUCAGCUGCUGGAGGGCCUCAAUCAGCCCGGGGACUCCGGCAACCCCCCACACCCUCCACAGUGGCUCGACCGGGAACUGUUUGACCGAGGUCGUAAAUUUUAUCAUCAAUACUUAUUCAGUCUGUGUUUUUCAGAGUUGUUGUCGCUGCUAAUGAAUUUCAGUUUCAGCCGAUCACUACGAACACUCAUUUACACGGGGCGCUCAGACACACCCAAGAAAGCCCUGAAGCGAUACUUCUCAACGAUGCUUCACGUCAUCAAAUGGUUCACAGGAGACGUCUGGGCCCCCGAAGACUCUGCCCACGAGGACAUCUUGUCCAUCCGCUACACCCACAACAAGUUAGCGAAAGGCUUUAACUCCUCCCCAACUUGCAACGAGAAAGUGAGGAACAUCAGUGUUAGCGAGAGAGGACACGAGGAGCCCAGUAACUCCCUAAAUAAAGUCAUCCGCCAAGAUCUUCAACGUGUAGCUGAAGAUAAACUUUAUUUAGAGAAUGAUAAGCCGAUUGUGUACAUGAGUCAGCUGGACAUGGCCCUCACACAGUACUCCUUCAUGGGACUCAUAGUGACACACCCAGAGAAGAUGGGAGCCGGAGCCGCUACUGAAGAAGAGCUGGCUGGCCUGAUCCACUUCUGGCGAGGGCUGGGCUGGCUGCUGGGCAUCGACGACAAGUACAACUUGUGUAGCGGGUCGGUGAAGGAGACGAAGGAGCUGUGCCUGGAGGUGGAGCGUCUUAUUGCCAUACCUUCCUUGGCUGUAGUGGACUGGGACUACGAGCACAUGGCCGCCUCCCUCAUCACAGGUAUUGGCUACAUUAUUCCCAUCUUGUCCUACCCCGCCAUGUUCCGCUAUCUGGCCUACACCAUAAACUUCCCCAUCCCCGCCUUCGUCAGCAGGAUGUCUUAUAGCCAUUCCUUCCAGUACUGGGUCAUGAGGAUGACCUUUGCCCUCAUCCUGCUGUUGCCUUGGCUCGCUCUUCACUUCAGUAACGCCUUCAGGACACUUAUUAUAAUAGUUCAGAAGAGCGACAAGCUGAAGUAGGCCGACACCUAGCCUUAACGCCCUCCUUGUCUAUCUCAUUCCCUUACCAGCUGCCACAGAAUAAAGACGCAGCAACGCA